AUGUCUGCCCCAACCCCAACCCACCCUGCUAAUUCAUCUCACCAACAACCGGUGCAGCCCCAACCCCCGAUGCAUGUAACUCAGCCCACUUAUUUUAGCCAGCAAAUUCUUCCUCCAUUGCAUCCACCUUAUCCAACUCCUCACUUCGCACCGAUCAUGAACCCCGGCCCGCUGGUUUACCAUGGACAACAUCAUAUGCCGAUCCCCCAUCGACACAUGAUCCUAUUACACGCCCAGCGUUAUGCCAAGGAUGUCAAACGUAAGGCACUUGAUAUGGCCCAGGCGACGGAGUACUUCCACUUAUUGGGUCAAGCGGUCUUCAGCGCGCAAGGCAGACGAACACCCAUCGCUCGAAUGCCGGUAGAGGUACUGGCUCAAAUUUUCAACUGGGCGAAGGAUGAGCUCCCCAACGAGUACGCGUUUCAGUUCACCAUCGCAAGGGUGUGCAAACAUUGGCGCCGGAUCGUUUUCAGCGCGCCCUCCAUGUGGUCGGACUACGAUAUCUGGAACGACAUCACACUGAUGGAGGCGAAUCGUUUCAUCAUGAUGUACUCCAAGGCAACACGACUGAACAUCUCAAUCGAAGGCGUCUGGUGCCACGACGCCAGCAAUAUAUCGGCCGACGAGAUGUUCAAAUUUCUCAAGCGAUGGCAGCACAGAAUCGAGAAGCUGAACUUCCAGGGCUGCUCCCAUAUCAUUAAGGAGUCGUUCAUGAACGUUUUCCAGGAAAACUUGAGAAUCCGGGACAUGUCCCUCCGGAUCGCUGCGUGCGGUGUAAAACACCUCGAAAUGGCAGACGGGCCUAUACCGAGGCUGGAAACUUCCUUAGAACGCCUGUUCAUCGACUUGGAGAAUCCUCGAAUAGUGCAAAUCAACGCACCGGCUCUCAAGAAGUUGAUCAUCAAUGCACGCCGGUCAAGCAUAGAAGAUAUAUUUCAGACCAUCAGAGAAUGUGGGCAUAUAGAGGAACUCACCCUGACAUUCAGUGACGACGUUCACUGGUCAUACGAAACAGAUAUGGAGAGCAAGUGGCUUGAGCUCCCUAACCUGCGGAAUCUGCGGCUCCAGGACCUGCCGGUGCUUGUCUGGGAGAAGAUGAGGGUGCUAUGGACACCAAGAUUGGAUAUUUUGACGAUUAUCGGCGAUCAACGCAACGGCUACGCGCCGGAUCCGAGGUUCCAUGUCCCUUUCCUCUUCCUGCUGCAGCACAAUCGCACCCUCCGAGAGGUGCUCUUUGAUAUCGACAACAUCGACCUGAUGCCGUUGGUGGAACGAAUGACGGACACGAACAAAUAUUCAAUGUUGCCUAAUCUGGAGAUGUUCGGAGUGCGUUCGCGGCGGACCGGACCAGUGAACUAUCGUUCGCACUGGGCUGGCCCCAUGGUCGACACGGUGUUUGAUCCGGUAUUAUGCCCCGUCAUUCGAGACUUCGCCAGGGCGCGUGCAGCAGGACCUCCAUGCUUUGGCCGCUUGAAGGAACUCUCGUUGUUCCCUCGUCCAGGGGCGCGGCAGAUGCCUGACAUGUUGACACUGCCGGGGGUGAAGCUCGACUUCACUCCUGCCACAUACAAGCGCGUGUCUUACCACGACCUGUAA